AUGAAUCUGGAGGAUCUGGAACACUUUGACCAAUAUGUCAUGAAACUGUUGAGCAGCACUGACAAAAGGCUGAUUGCAAAAGCAACACAAAUUCCACAAGUAAUGAAAUAUAGGCCACCUUACACAAGUGAUGGGAGAAUGCUUUUGAGGCCACAUAACAAGUACUGGCAUGACAUUGUUGUAACCUUGAAUUCUGUCAAACACACAAAUUACAAUCACGUACUUGAGUACCUUGUGGUGAAACAUUGGAUAGUCUGUUUCCAGAUGCAGUUAUUGGCUGGAUCACUGCCACCUCCCACAGAUAUUUCUGUGGAUGAUGAAUUCCUUGAUUUUUUGCCUCUGGCGAGGGAUCCUUCUUUGGACCCAGACCUGACUUCAGAUGAGACACAUGCAAGUUUUGAUGACUUGGCAGACUUGUCAAUCUGCACUGACCUCAGCCACUCAUCAGUGCUGAACAGUUUCCCUGUCAGCUUCCUCAGAGUGUCAAGGAUAUCUUCAGUCACCACCUGGAGAUUUCUUACAUCUCUAGCAUGUUCCAGGCAGUGUAUGAUAUUCUUGAGAAUAGAAUUGUAG